GGAGAGGCUUAACCGUUGAAAUUGUGCUUGUAUAAAGCUUUGGCUGCUGACUUGUGUUUGCUUCACUUUAGGUUCAAAGACCUUAAUAAACCUUUUCUUCCAUGCAUUUGCGCAUAACAUAUGGUAUUGUGACACUUUUCUUAAAGAGAGCUUAGCUUCUAUGUCUACUAACAUUACUAAAAGCUCAAACACUAGCUCUAGUGAAGAUGACACUAAUGAGCUCAGAAGAGGGCCUUGGACUGUUGAAGAAGACUCGCUUCUCAUUCACUACAUAGCUCGGCACGGCGAGGGCCGAUGGAAUUUGCUCGCAAAACGUUCAGGAUUAAGGAGAACUGGGAAGAGUUGCAGAUUAAGAUGGCUAAACUAUCUGAAACCAGAUGUAAAACGUGGGAAUCUUACUCCUGAGGAACAACUCUUGAUUCUUGACCUUCACUCCAAAUGGGGCAACAGGUGGUCAAAGAUAGCACAGUUUUUACCAGGAAGAACUGACAACGAAAUCAAGAACUAUUGGAGAACAAGGGUGCAGAAACAAGCUAAGCAUCUCAAAAUCGACAUCGGAAGCGCAGCAUUUCAGGAUAUUAUUCGGCGGUUUUGGAUGCCAAGACUGAUUCAGAAGAUAGAAGGGUCAACUUUUUCAGGCACGGCAAUCCAAAACAAUCCAACCGCUCCUACGCCUAUUCACAUUGCUUCUCAACAAAGCCAUUCACCAACAAUAGCAGAAAAUUCAUCAUCAUCGCAAAAAGUAGUUUCCGGGCAUGGAAAUCAGAACAUAUCAAUAAACAUGUCACAUAUUUCUCACUUCUCAGAGUACCCAAAUAGUGCUUUUCCUCAGCCAAUGGCACUUAACAAUGAUUACAACACUACAUUUGUCGAAGGUUGCUCUUAUGGUGGUGACAAGAAUGACUAUGAUAUGUGUGUUUUUAACCAGACAAGUGUUUCAGCAGAUGGGGUUCUCCAGAAUCCUGUGGGCGGUUGCCACGUGGCGGGCAGCAAUUGGGCCGAGAAUGAUAUUUCAGCCAGCAUGUGGAACAUGGAUGAAUUGUGGCAAUACAACAGCUAACUACAGGAUUCUUGUAAACUGUAAAUCUACACUGAUCAGUUAUUGUCAAGUUUUAGAAGUCUGGGUAGAUUCAUAGUUCUCAGUCCUCGUGAUUGUAAGUUAUUUGCAGAAGUUAAAAAGUGAUUACAAAUUGUUGAAUUAA